GUGAAGGGGAGUAGGACAGGUUUCAGCACAAACACCCCACCCCCCUGCUGGCCCAACACAAGGAGAAACACCUGGGGCGAGAUCUGUGCUAAACAAUCACACAAAUACACACACACACACACACACUAACCUGGAUAACAUGUGGAGCUGAUUCGGAUUAUAGAGCCGCACAGACGGAAAAGGUCUGUGGAUUGCCAGGCGUUCUACCAUGCCUGUCCCCCCACCCCUCAAUCCCCGCAGACAAAAACACCUGCCCCACACACACCUCCACCCCGAACAAAGGGACACCUUCCCCUCUCUCAACCCUCCAUCCUUCCUCUCUCUUUGUCUUCUCCCCCCUCUCCUUGUCUCAUCUUUGCCCUCCUCAUCCUGUCUCAUCCACUGCGGCUGCCCCAGGUCUACCAAAAGAACCCUUCCUGACUCUGUCCCUUUCCCGGCGUUUCACUGGCUGACUCUUGUCACAUGCUGCCUGCUGCCUUCUCUGAUUGGAGCAGGGGAGACUUGGGGCGUGGUCUCGGCCUGUCCCUUCCACUGCGUGUGUCGAAACCUUUCAGAGUCGCUCAGCACACUCUGCGCCGACAAGGGCCUGUUAUUUGUCCCCCCGCACGUUGACCGGCGCACUGUCGAGCUGCGAUUGGCUGACAACUUCAUCACGGAAGUGGGCGGGAUUGACUUUGUCAACAUGACCGGAUUGGUAGAUUUGACUCUGUCGAGGAAUACCAUCCACCUGAUCCGACCAAUGGCCUUUGCUGAUCUGGAGAGUCUGCGCUCGCUGCAUCUGGAUGGUAAUCGUUUGACAACACUUGGACCCAGGGACCUCGCAGGUUUGGUCAAUCUGCAACACCUGAUCAUCAACAAUAACCAGCUGGUGAAAGUCUCUUCCCAGGCCUUUGAUGACUUCUUGCUCACACUGGAAGACCUUGACAUGUCCUACAAUAACCUCCGGAGGGUACCAUGGGAGUCCAUUCAGAAUAUGGCCAGCCUGCACACGCUCAACUUGGACCAUAACCUGAUAGAUCACAUCGCGGAAGGAGUCUUCGGAGAGCUGUAUAAGCUUGCAAGACUGGAUAUGACCUCCAAUAGGCUCCGAACCCUGCCUCCUGAUCCCCUCUUUGCAAGGUCUCAGACAGGUGCAAUAAGUCCCACCCCCUACAAUGCAGUUAUAAGCUUAAAUUUCGGUGGAAACCCGCUGCACUGCAAUUGUGAACUGCUAUGGUUACGGCGGCUUAUCCGUGGAGAUGACAUGGAGACGUGUGCCACACCUGCUCACCUGGCUGGAAGAUAUUUCUGGUCGAUUCCUGAGGAGGAGUUUACUUGUGAACCACCUCUCAUCACCCGUCACACUCACAAGCUGUGGGUGCUGGAGGGCCAGCGAGCCACGUUAAAAUGCAGAGCUAUUGGCGACCCUGAGCCAGUAGUCCACUGGGUUUCACCAGAUGACCGUAUCAUUGCAAAUUCAUCCCGGACCAGCUCCUUCAGCAAUGGGACGUUGGAUCUCUUAGUAACAGUUGCCCGGGAUGACGGGGCAUACACAUGUAUCGCAAUAAACGCAGCAGGUGAAGCGACUGCCACUGUGGACCUGAAAAUAAUCCCCCUGCCUCACCGGGGCGGAGCAGGCGGAAACACAGGGAAUAACAACGUGAACACCAAAAACAACAGGAACGUGACCAAUGGGAUUUUACGGACUGAUCCGGGUUCCUCGGAUAUCAGCACGGGGAAAAAUGGAGGUAUUAACAACGGCGCAGGACGUGGAGGAGAGGUGGACGAUGGGAGAACAGCUGGAAGUGAGGAUGAUGAGGGCGACAAUAGCAGGGCCACCGAAGGGGAGCGGGUCGAUGGAGGGAGCAUGGAGAACGAGGAGGGGGACGAGGAGGAAGGAAGGAUGGUUGGAGUACAAGGGGUUACAUCAACCUCAGCUCAGGUCCGAUGGGAUUUGGGGCGUUUGUCUGCAGCUUACGUUGUCUGGAUGUAUCAGAUACAGUACAACUGCACCGCAGACGAGACCCUCAUCUACAGAAUUCUACCAUCGACCAGCGACCGUUUCCUGCUGAAGAACUUGGUCUCCGGUGUGGACUAUAACCUGUGUGUGUUGGCCAUUUUUGAUGACACAAUCACAUCAUUAGCGGCAACAAAAGUCCUGGGCUGCACCACGUUCUCCACCAAGGAUGUUUACCCAGCAUGCCGUUCUCUCCAAGCACAUUUCCUGGGCGGGACACUCACCAUAUUGGUUGGCGGUGUUGUUGUUGUCACUCUACUCGUGUUCACUGUGGCUCUUAUGGUUCGUCACCGUGUCUGUAAUCACGGCGAUCACAUGAUUUGUCACAACAGCAACACUGAGGCAGGAGGCGGGGCCUGCUGUCAGGGUGGAGGCGUUGGGAGUGGGGACAAAGGGGGAAACAGUAGUGGGUGCUACCAAUCAAAUGGUUCCGGGGACAUGAUGAUGGUGGUCCUGCCCAAUGGUCUGCCUUCCAAGAGAGGAGGGGAGAAGGACAAGGACAAGGAAGCGGCUGAUUCUGCUUCCUCUCUGCCUCCAAAACUCCCUCCAAAGCCCAGGCCCAAGCCUAAAGUCAACCUGGAGCAGUUUCUUUCAGCUGGAGGGGUAGUUUCCACAACAACGGGGGCAGGAGGUGCGAUGGCAUUGGUAGUAAGGCAAAGGAAGCUGGAGAAGGCGCCGCCAUACAGCCUUGAAAGUGACAGAACUCCACUCUACUACUCCCCUUCCCCACCAUCCACCCUGCCCCGUCAAUCACGCUCCAGGGACCGCCCAAAACCCCAUCUGGAGAGAGAACUGACCAAUCGCGCCAGUUUCUCUCUGGCUGCACCUUUGAGAGACUCAGAGUUGUUGGACUGGAGAAUCACUCCCCGAGGCAGGGACAAAUGGAACUCCUCACAGGCUUAUCAGAGCCCUCUAUCCCCUCUAAGCCCUGCUUGCGGGACAGUUAGCAAACGGCGGCACUCGCUGGAUAUGGGCUCCUCUGUUGCCCUAGCGACUGAUGCUGCAGCGACUGUUGCCAAGCGCUAUGGUGCUGUCAGUUAUGCCAAGCGGCUGAGCGUGAUCUGGACAAGGCGGAGCCAGUCGCUUCAUGGAAUGCUGGUGCAGUGCGCCUCCACAACCAGUACAACAUCUUCAACGGCCAGCGACGAGGUCGAAAGUGCCGGGGGCUUUGGGACACGCUGUGAGUUCCAACGGGGAUAUAUCCAUGCUUAUAACACCACCAACUCCAACUCUAACACUGGGAUCACAACUGGGAAAACAAGCAGUGUAAAAGACAGGGGGAGGGAAAAGGGGAAAGACGGGAGAAGUGCUGAAGAACUGGAGGAAAGUGUGGUGUAG